UUUUAGAAACUCUACGAAAAGUGAUAUAGUUAAUUUGACCUUGUGAAGCAAAGCAGUCAGACAAAGCGGUUUAGGUUUGUUAAGCAUCGUACUUAUAUCCAGGUGGUCAUGUUUAUGCACUCUAGCUAGCAACAUCCUACACUAGUAAGGCUAGUAGUUAUAAGUUUCUAGUUUUGUGUUAGCAAAAAUCAUAGACAUAGAUGAAUUAGGUCGUUUGCGGUCGAAAUUCCUUAAAUAUUGAUCCUUGGAUGUAGGAUAUUAACUUAAGUGUAUUGGUUAUGAGCCACAGCAAGUGGAAAGAACAUACGAAAGAAUAAUGUUAUGGAUAGGGUUAACCUCAAUGGCGGACAAUAGAUACUGAAGGAGUUUUGCGUGGAACAUUAAGUAGAAACUCAGAACAAGUCAAUUUGGGUAGUUCACAGGGAUUCUAUUUAGAUUAAAAUAAUAUCUUUUGUCAGCCUAUGGGAUUCCUGCAUUCUAGGGGCAAAAGCCUUUCAACGUAUGUGCUAAGUAUAGCUACUCGAUACGUGAAGAAACGCAUGCGCAAAUGUAAUAAUACAUGGAAAAAAUGCAUGCAUAAAUGUAUAAUAAGUAUGUCUUAACUCUAAAAAUGCACUCUCUCUCAAAUACUGAAUUCCUAAGCACUAUUUGGCACAGAACAGUUGAGUCGAGUCAACUUCCCUAGACAUUGGAGAUUAGGAUGAACAGAGUCUCAAAAGAGAUAUAGACCUUAAUAUAUAUCAUGGGCUUCUAUAGUUCAAUAGCAACUUGUAUUGGGUGUUCAAGUAUGGAAUCAGAAAUGGAGGUAAUGAUAAAUGUUAAGAAUGAUAAAUUUGGAGAAAGAUUGUCAACUUUUUAAUUUUCACAAAAUGCAUGCCGUGCAUCUUUAUACUUUUCUGUUUGUUCUUAGUUUUCCCAAUCUUAUGGUAGUGCAGGAAGAUCCUGUGUUUUAGAUUAUAUUACAGACUUAAGCAUUUAAAUUGAGAGGUGGUGUUGUCAUUUAGUUUCCGUUAAUACACUUUAGCAUAUACAUUAUCGCCCCAUGAAUUUUGAGUUUAGUUGUUAUUUUCUUUUUAUCAGUGCUUUCCGUAGCCAAGCGUGUAUUGAUUAUAUAUUUAUUUAAUGAAGUUGGUGCAUUAAUUUAUUGGUAGGCUGUGCUAAUUACAGCAAUGCUUGGUCAUGCAUCUUAACUGCCCUUGGCUUAAACCUAUAGCUACCACCGAAAGGAGAUUUUGUGAUUGAUAUUUCCUAGUACAGUGCUACCAACAAAGUCCUGAUUAGCGGCCAGGAUUGAAGGGUUUACUCGUUGUCUUUGAGAGACAUAAGCUACAAAAUUUUCAUUUUCAAGCUAACACUUUUGUUUAUUAAUUAGCAGGAGAUCCAAUGAAAGCAGAGCAAGUCAAACAAUGAUGGCCACCAUGAAUCUUUUCUGGAUGAUAGAGGUCCACAUCAUACAAGCUUUACAACUCUGCUAGAAGCAAGAUAGAUUCAGUAGCCAAUUGGUCGGUGAUGGAUUGGGGACAUUACCAUGCGGUACUAUAUUUAUAUUUGUGUUCUUUAUUCUCCUAAAAUUCUUCUUCAAUUAGUUAUUUUAUAUAUAUACAUAUAUGUAUGUAUGCUUUCAGUUCAUGCUAUUGCUGCCCCAUUCUUCUUGUUUUGAUGUCUGCUAAAAGGUACAAACAUUUGAUCAAGAGAGUGUGAAUAAAUUUUGAUAUGUUUCACAUUACAUUAUUUCUUACAAGAGAUCAAUGUUUAAGCAACUUUGUGAUUCCAUUUAUAAUCCACAGCUUUUAUUCAACAUACAAAGCAAUGCCUAAUAAUAUGAGAAGGAUCUAUUCAAAUGACACAUGACUACAAUGCAUACAUGAUUACUAGACUUACGCAUUGACCCUUCUUAUAAAUCUUUAUGCUAAUUGCGUUGGAAUUUGAAAUUUGAUAAUUCCACAAAAUUUUAAGUUAUGCAACGACAAAAACAGUUUCUUUUUAUUUUGAUUUUAAGACAUCUUUAAUAGUUCUCAAGUACUUAGUUUAAAACGCUGGAAUUAUAUAUUAAGCAAAUAACGGAGUUCAAGGUUAAGGUAGGAUUCAUACUUCAUCUGAUAAACAAAAAUUCAAUUAUGAAAACCAUCCAAUGAAAGCAUACUAGUAAACAAAGCCUAAUAUACAACUACCCAAUUGCAACAUAUAUGUACGUGUAAAUAAUUGGUCUACAAGCUUCAGGAAGCAAGAGGAAUAGGCUGCUGUACUAUCUACUACUAAUUUAUAAAGGUGAAAAGUCGAGAAGGAGAUUAAAAUCUAUAACAAUAUCUAAACCAACCUUUUGUGUCACUCCUAGAAUCGUUAGAUUACCAAUUUACAUAGAGAUUGAGCCCAACUUUUUUAUCUUUGUGCUUCUCUAUGGGUUUCCAUAUACAUUAAUCGAAUGGACAGCGUUAAUGCCACGAAGCAAAGUUCAAAAUUUGUACAAGAGGAACGCCCAUGGAGUCAUCACCCCCAUGUGUUUAAAAGUACAAUUAAAAAAAAAAUGGACAAAGGACUAAAGUCGCAUUUUAGAUUAAAAUAAAAGGGGAAUGUCUUUUAUGUUAGUGGGAUGUGUGUGUGUAAUUGUGUAUGUAUGGAAGUAUAUUAUUAGUUUUAUAUAGGAGAGAAAGGUGAAGAGAUGUAAAUAUAUAUAAUUAGAUGAAUACAAAUACAAAGAUAUAAAGGUGGGAAAAGGGUGAGGGAUAUUGCAAGUAUAAGCUGUACUUAGGAACUUGAACCUGUAGAAAUUGAAGUCUGAAUUCUUCUCAAGCUUCAGCUAUUCCAUCAAAUUCAUCAAAAUCCCAUCUUUGUUUUGAUUCUUCCAAAGCUGAAUUCUCGUUGUUUCAAGAGUUCAGCAUUUUCAUACACGUACAUUUUCCACUUCCAAAUCCUGAUACCAUCUAUCUUUUAGCAUUAUUUGUCACUAAUAGCUCUGUCAGAAAGGUCUACACUUCUACCUCAAAAAUGAAGCUUCUCAGUUGGAUGCAAAAUAAGCUUAAUGGUAAUAAGCAGGGCACUGUCAGAAAACCUGCCGCAAACACAGCUCCAUCAUCCACUCAUCAUGUGAAACAAGAUCCUCGAGAGGAAUUCAGUGACUGGCCACACGGGUUACUGGCAAUUGGAACUUUUGGCAACAAUGAAAUAAGAUCAGAAAAUCUUGAAAUUGAAAGAGUUGAAGAAGUAGAAGAACAACAACAACAUGUUGAAGAAGACGAAGUGGAAACAUCUUCAUCUGAGGAUUUACAAGAUUUCACACCUGAAGAGAUUGGAAAAUUACAGAAAGAACUAACGAAGCUCCUAACCAGAAAACCAACUUCAGAUAAGGAAAAAGAAGUUUCUAAAAAUCUUCCAUUAGAUAGGUUUCUUAAUUGUCCAUCAAGCUUGGAGGUUGACAGAAGAAUCAGCAAUACAGUAACUAGCGAUAUGGAUGAUAAUGAGGAAGAUAUUGAGAGGACAAUUAGUGUUAUUCUUGGAAGAUGCAAGGACAUCUGCGAGAAAAAGAAGAAGAAAGCCCUUGGAAAGAAAUCUAUUUCCUUCCUUCUCAAGAAGAUGUUUGUAUGUAGAAGUGGGUUUGCACCACAACCUAGUUUGAGAGAUACUCUUCAAGAAUCAAGAAUGGAAAAGCUUCUGAGAACAUUGCUUCACAAGAAGAUCAACCAUCAAAAUUCUUCCCGGGCAUCAUCAAUGAAGAAAUAUAUCGAGGAUAAUAAACAGAUGUCAAAAAGGGAUAAAGAAGAAGAUGAUCAGAAGAGAGAAAAAACUUGUGAUGGAUGUAAAUGGGUCAAGACUGAUUCUGAAUAUAUUGUUCUAGAGAUUUAAAUGGGCCAGCAAACUUAUAUUACAAUACAAAAUCCAAACAUGUACUUAAAGAGGUCAAAUGCCUGGAGAUUAUGAACUGAGAACUAGCUAGCUGAUGAGAGUAAUUUCCAAAGGGUUCCUAAAAGAAUGGAUCAAUAAUAACAACUAAAUAGUGGGUCACAAAGGUCACUACAGAUUCAACACAAAAUGUUUCAGUUUUCUUAAUUGUUUCUUCACCUUCUUUUUUCAUGGUUGCAUUGAGCGGAUUCAGUGCAGUACAUGUUAUGAAUCAUCCCUCCAAGGAUUUCUGUAGUCUGUACUGGCAAAAAGCUAGACAUUCCCUACAUUUUUGGUCCUAUGCCAUCAUACUUUUUAUCUUUAGGCAGAGUCUAGUCUUUGUAAUAUACUUGGACAUGAA